AAGGAGGCUGCUCAGCAACUGACGGGGAAAUGGGGGUAGCGGGCUGGGCACGCGCUCGGGAGUCUGCAGGCGCCAUGGGCAGAGUGAGGAACCGCGCCACUGCUCAGCGGCGGAGGCGAAAGCGGCCCGGGGAUCCUCCCGCCGCCUGCGCGGCCAUCGCGGUCAUGGGCGCCAGCCGCGCGCAGUGCCCCCGGGUCCAAGUCGGGGUCGGGAGCCACGCGGCCGCCAAGAGGUGGCUGGGAAGGUUGCGGCGGAAUCGCCGGUGGCGGCGGGUCCGGGAGGCGGGCUCCAGAGAUCCGCUGCCCUCCGCGCCACUCCCGGACCUGCCGGCGCCCGCCGAGUCCCCUAAGGAGCUGGACCUGGGCGCACAGCGGGAGCGCUGGGAGACGUUCAGGAAGCUGUGGGGCCUCAGCUGCGAGGGCGCCGCCAAGGUCCUGCUGGACACCUUCGAGUACCCGGGCCUCGUGCAUCACACCGGGGGCUGCCACUGCGGCGCGGUCCGCUUUGCGGUCUGGGCCCCUGCAGAUCUGCGCGUCGUGGAUUGCAGCUGCAGGCUGUGCAGGAAGAAGCAGCACCGCCACUUCGUCGUCCCGGCCUCGCGCUUCACGCUGCUCCAGGGCGCAGAAAGCAUCGUCACCUAUCGGUCCAACACGCACCCGGCGCUGCACAGCUUCUGCAGCAGGUGCGGGGUGCAGAGUUUCCACGCAGCUGUCUCUGACCCCCGCGUGUACGGCGUCGCCCCGCACUGCCUGGACGAGGGCACCGUGCGCAGCGUGGUCAUCGAGGAGGUCGGCGGUGGCGACCCGGGGGAGGAGGCCGCCGAGGAGCACAAGGCCAUCCACAAGACGUCCUCCCAGUCAGCCCCUGCCUGUCCCCGCGAACAGGAGCAGUGACUGGGGCCGCAAGCCCGCCUGAAACCGGCCCGGGCGGCCCUGCGGGGAGCGUCCGAGUACCUGCACAGAUCCCAUGCUGUGAAAGAGGUGUUUCUGGCCCGGUCAAACCGUGGAUUCCCUUCCAGUAUUUGCCCUUCCCCUCCGCUAGUUUUCAGUGAACUCGCUUACGAUCCAAAUCUUGAACACACCUUUGUCUGUGUAGUACAACGUUAAUCUUGCAAUUCGAUAAGGAAGAAGAGUGUCUCUGAUUUUUCAAACCAUCCAUUGUAUCUCUCGCUUUUACUGUUCUGCCUACAGUUGUCACAAAUCACCUGCAGAUGAUUCCUGUGUACUGUACGUUCCUGGUGCUAUUGUGAACAGGCUUGCUGUUUUCAGCGCUUUGCGUCUGGUGUGUAGGACGGCAACACACAACCAGUUUGUAAACAUGUGCUAGGACGUCUUCCAUUCAUUAUCGUGUGUGUGCGACGUGUGUGUUUUAGAUAGACAUUCACGUUUGCACUACUUAGUCCAGUUAUUUAGUGUUUUUUAUAUGAUGUUUUAAGAUUCAUUAGUAUUACAUACCUCAUUGCUCUUACUAGACGAAUGAUGUUAGUAUUUUCCUCCGUUUUGUUUUAGAAACUGUCUCUGGGAAAGGAGAUGGGAGACAGGAAUGAGAAACGUCUGUGUGCUGUAUGCCCUCUUUAAUCUUUCUAAAUCCCUAUCUUAUACAUGUGUAAGUAUUCAGAAAUCAGUAAAUAUUUAAUAAUAGAAAAGUAUGUAUUUCUAUGCUGUAUAUUACAAAACCAACUCUAAUUUAUAUGUAAUUCUUGAUAUCUGAAAUUUUUAUCAAACAAUCAGUGGUGGUUUCAAUGAUACAUAUCAAUAUUAUCAUUUUAUGGCUUCAUAGAAUUAAAAAAUAUGGAUCUUUCAUAAUUUAUGUAAUCAACCUCAUCUGAUGGAUGUUUAGCUUUUUUCCAACCUUCAGUGUAAUAAUAAUAUUUCAAAGGAGCAAACUUCUAAUAAAUGUCUGCAUUGUUCUACUACUUCGGUAAAA